UAUGACGACGAUGUAAAACAUGAGCGCAGGUCCGCAUCUAGUCCGAAGCAUCAUUGUCGAAUUUUUCACGCGAUGACGCGCGGUCACUAUGUGUCCCCUGACGGUCGGCGGGAAGUUUAGUUCCAGCGAUCUGACCGUUAGAGGGAGCAAGCGGCUUUUUUCGCCGGCCGAAACUAGUAUUGUAUUUGUAUAUGAUUCCCUCACUUUCCACUCCAACUUGGGAUUCAUCGUCUGUUUAUGUGGCUUCCCAUGGCAUCUACUAACUUAAGUAUAAUAUAUUUAAAUGUAUUUUGUGUAGUUUGUGAAUCCAUUCCACUGAAAUUAUCGUUUUGUCUUUGAUGCAGAUAUUUUUGGAUGAGUUUAAUGAAUAAUAAAUGAUAAUAGGAGAUGGGUAUUAUCUAUUAUUCUAUUAAUAAGAAAGUAUGAUUAGGAAACAGUUAAAAAAGAGAAAAGGGGUUAAUAAUAUAAGAAAGGUUUGGAAGUGUGUGUUGAGAAUAUGUCUCCGCCGUAAAUCUCCCUCUUUUGCCGUUCUCGAAAGGCCUUCAAAAAUAGAAAGGCAUUCCCUCUCUCAUUGUGAUCGACGACCUUUAUAACCCAUUUUCCCCUCCACCGUUUAACUCCCAUUAAAGCCUCCUUUCAUCCAGGGUGAGCCAUGGACCCCAGGAAACUUGGAUUCCCCGAGCAGAUUUUAUCGCCGAGGAGAAGAGUUGUUCCUGGAUUUGGUCUUGGCAUUUCCGUUUCUCUCAUUGUUCUUAGCUUUCUUUUGCUCUACAGUUCUUCUCAUGGCAAAUUUUUCUUCUCUCUUGAUAAUCAACCCACCUCCGUUGAUUCUCUCUUUUCUUCCUGGUCUUUCUCUUUUUCAUCUCCUUCCUUCUCUGAUUUCACUGCUAAUUCUUCCAAGUUGGCCACCUAUGAUCCUGCCCUUCCUUCCCAUUUCCCCUCACUCCAUAAUCAUACUCGCGAUGUCAAUGCCACCCUUCAACUCAACCCCCCUCCGGCUAACGGGUCCGAAUUUGGGAAUGCAACUUUCUCUCUUGAAUCCAAAAAUGUUACUGCAAAUGGAACAGUUUCCAGCCUCGCAAAGUUGGACGCCGAACACAACUUCCCGUGUAACUCCACUUCUCUGAACAACAAUACUGCUCAAUAUCAGAAGGAGAACAAUCAUUCUUCCAAUGCUGAGGACGAGAGGCCGUCAGAAGGAAAUGGUGGGAGAAAUUCAAGUGACAGAAUUGAAAUUACCAGAAACUCUCAACCGUUGGCAACAUCUGAUAACAGUUUUGAUGAGGAAUGUGAUAUCUUCGAUGGUGAAUGGGUGAGGGAUGAUUCGAAGCCAUAUUAUCCUUUAGGUUCUUGCCCUUACAUUGAUAGGGACUUCGAUUGUCAUCUUAAUAAGAGGCCAGACGAUGGAUAUGUGAAAUGGAAAUGGCAGCCGUAUAUGUGUAACAUCCCAAGUCUGAACGCAACACAUUUUCUGGAGGUUUUGAGGGGAAAGAGUCUGGUGUUUGUUGGCGAUUCAUUAAAUAGGAACAUGUGGGAGUCUCUUGUGUGUAUUCUUCGUCAUAAUAUAAGCGACAAGAAAAGAGUGUAUGAGAUAUCUGGAAGGACUGAGUUUAAGAAGAAAGGUUUCUAUGCCUUCCGCUUCGAGGACUAUAAUUGUUCCGUGGAUUUUGUUAGUUCUCCAUUCCUAGUUAGGGAGUCUUCAUUCAAGAGAAAGAAUGGAACGAUUGAGACCUUAAGAUUGGAUCAAAUGGACCCAACAACCGAAAUGUAUCGGGAUGCUGAUGUUUUGGUCUUUAAUACAGGCCAUUGGUGGACUCAUGAGAAAACAUCGAGGGGAGAAGACUAUUAUCAAGAAGGUAACCAUGUACACCCAAGACUCAAGGUGUUGGAAGCGUUUAAGAGGGCUCUCACCACUUGGGGUCGAUGGAUCGACAACACUGUUGAUCGAAAUCGAACUCUGGUUUUCUUCAGAGGCUAUUCAUAUUCUCAUUUCAGUGGUGGCGAGUGGAACUCUGGAGGGCAAUGCAACAUUGAAAUGGAACCAAUUUAUAACAAAACACACUUGGGGAAGUACCCUAAGAAAAUGAGGGCUCUGGAAUAUGUGAUUCGGGAGAUGAAAACACCAGUGUCAUACUUAAACAUCACCAGGCUCACUCAUUAUCGGAAGGACGCACACCCUUCAAUUUAUAGAAUGGAGUACAAGACAGAAGCAGAAAAACGUGCAGGCCUCCGAGUUCAAGAUUGCAGCCAUUGGUGCUUGCCCGGUGUACCCGAUACUUGGAACGAGCUGCUUUAUGCAUCUCUUUUAAGGAUGGCAAAGAGAUAUUGGAGCAACUAAGGACGAUUUGUACUUCACCAUGUUGCAGCAAAAUGAUCGCAUAACUUUUUUCCCCCUAUCUUAUGUUUUUGUCAUUUAUUCUUUUUGUUGGGUUUUUGAGGUAAAAUUAUAUAUAUAUAAUAUUAUAUAUAUAUAUAUAUAUAUAUAUAUAUAUAUAUAUGAAGUCUUGUUUAAUCGUUUAGGUUCUGAGCAGCAGCAUGGUGCAUGCUCAUGUGGAGGAAACUACAGACUGCUGACUUAUAGAUUGCCUGAGUCGUGCAAAUGUAGAGCCAACCUAUGAUCAUAUGUGUAUUCUAUUAUUCCAAUUUG